AUGACAAAGAAACAAGUCGCGUUCGUAUUGUUUACGAUUGUAAAGGUUGAUAAGGCAAAUGACAAUAAGAAAUCUUUGAAUGAUUCUCUUGAAUCGGGAAUUAAUCUUUAUCCAAAUUUAUUGGAUAUAAUUCUUAAAUUUCGAGAAAAUCAAGUCGCAUUUUGCGGAGAUUUGGAAAAGGCCUAUCAUAUGAUAGAAAUUGCGGAAGAUGAUAGAAAUUAUCUAAAAUUUUUAUGGUUUUCGGAUGAAACAGAUAAUUCAAAAAGAAUACUUCAAUUUAAUCGCCUUCCUUUCGGAUUAACUACGUCAUCAUUUGUUCUUGCUUGCGUAUUAAAAUUUCAUAUUAGGAAAUUUAAGGUAGAUCAACCGAAUUGUUAUGAAAUGUUGAAUUCUCUAUACGUAGAUGAUUUGUAUUAUGGUGCUAAAACUGUUCAGGAUGCGUAUCAAUUAUCUUCAUCGGCAAUUGAAAUAUUACGCGACGCCGGAUUUAAUUUAAGGAAAUUAAAAACUAAUUGUAUGGAACUAAAUGAACUUUGGCGUAAAAACGGAUAUGAGGAAAACACUGAUUUUGGGCAAGGAGCAGGUUUCUUAGAAUUAAAGUGGGAUCCUAUUGAAGAUAAAAUUAAAUUAGAUUUAAAGGAGUUAAGGUUUUCCUUGGAAUCAGGAACCACCAAAAGACAAGUGUUGAGAAUAAUUUCUAAAAUUUUUGAUCCAUGUGGAUUCAUUAGUCCAUUUUGUAGUUAG